GGCUGGCUCUGUUCUGACAGAACUGAGACUUCUCCUAUAACAUUUUACCAGGUUGGAACAUACAGAUGGGGGGAGGUCAAUGACCUCUUUGCACAAUUUCCCUAGAUCAUCCAGAGUCCUGGGUUCUCUCGUAUGCUGUUUUUAUUUCAUUUCAGUCCACAGGCGUUCUACAGGGUUUAGGUCUGGGGACUGAGGUGGCCAUGGAUGAAGGUUGAUUUUGUGUCUGGUGAACCAUUUCUGUCAUGAUGUGCCAUAUGCGAUGGAUCAUUAUCUUGUUGAACAAAUCAAUAACUUCAUUUUAGUUAAUUGACAGAUAUUCCAACAGGUUUUAAAUUUCAAAUAUCUUCACAUUUAAAAUUGUUUUAAAUUAGUAUUUUUCCAAAAAAAGAAAAGAAAUGGGCCUCUGUGGCUUGUGAUAUUUAUACAUUUAUUUUUAUGGGAUUUAUGGGAACUGUGUCCCAAGUGAUUUUAUUUUUCUCUUUGUGUUGUGUUUUAGUGAGAGAUUAGACUCCUUGUUGCUUAUUUAUUUGUUUAUUUUAGGCCGUUUUAUAUAAUAAAACAGAGGUGCCAAUAUGUGCCCACGUGUGUGUGGCUGUAUGUAUUUGUAAUCUUUACAGUGGAGGCUUAUGCGAGAAACCAAAGCCCAUAAUCUUGUGUGAGCCUUGUUCCUGCAGCAGAUAAAGUCCACACCGGACCGAUGAAGACACCAAGAAAACCGUGACUGUCGCUUCUGUAUGUAUAGAUCUGCAAUAGCUUGGUUGGCAGUUGUGAAUAUAUAUAGAAUAUUAAAAUGCUGCUACGUUUGACAUACAUUAUGUUGUAUAACGAAUUAAACUGGCAAUACUUUUUAAGGCAACUUGCAUUCAUUAACUGUAGGAUUAGAUCAAUAAUACUGAAAGUUUUAAUAGCUGUUUUUUGUAAUAAUUAAAAUGAACAGCAGCGGGAACUUAUGUUGCCUGAGAGCGCGGUGGCGAUGAACACGGAGGUAGUUUUGUAACGGACAACAACAAGAGAGAGCAGCUGUCUGCUAGCAACGCGUUGGAUUCCUCGAUCAUUUAUCCGAUUUUAGAGAUUUUUAUUGAAUGCCAACCCUAACGGUGUAGUGUUGGAGUCCUAGCAGACGGAUAAAUGUCUAAACCAUCAGAGCACCAGGAAAAACAAGAACAAGAGGAGGAGGCUACAGCUGAAGCCGAGGAGCAAUCAGACGACAGCAGUGAAGACGAAGCUGCAGGAAACACAGAGAUGGACUUCCUGCGCAGCCUUUUCUCCAGUGCCCUGGGGCUGGGCUCUGCAGAGAAAGUUCUGGAUGAACUGUCUCUGGAUGGCGUGGCACGCUACAUAAACAGCGGCAAAUGUAAAAACAUUAUCUGCCUGGUUGGAGCGGGAAUAUCAACAUCUGCUGGUAUCCCAGAUUUCCGCUCUCCAGAUACAGGCCUCUAUGCAAAUCUGCAAAAAUAUAAUCUUCCAUACCCAGAGGCCAUUUUCCAGAUCGAUUACUUUAAGAAACAUCCAGAACCAUUCUUCGCUUUGGCCAGGGAGCUGUACCCAGGACAGUUUAAGCCGACAAUCUGCCACUAUUUCAUAAAGAUGCUGAAGGACAAAGGGCUUCUGAGACGAUGCUACACACAGAACAUCGACACCCUAGAGCGGGUGGCUGGGCUGGAAGGUGAGGACCUGAUCGAAGCCCACGGAACGUUCCACACCUCCCACUGUGUCAGCUUCUGCUGCAGAAAGGAGUACCACCUGGACUGGAUGAAAGAAAAAAUCUUCUCUGACACGAUUCCAAAGUGUGAAAAGUGCAGCAGUUUGGUCAAACCAGAUAUUGUUUUCUUUGGAGAGAACCUGCCAGCCCGUUUUUUCACUUCCAUGAAAUCGGAUUUUCCUCGGUGCGAUCUUCUCAUAGUUAUGGGCACGUCUCUGCAGGUGCAGCCGUUUGCAGGUUUAGUCAGCAGGGUUUCAAAAAGUUGCCCCAGGCUGCUUAUUAACAUGGAGAAAGCAGGAGAGGCAGAUCCUAUGUUGGGGUUGCUCAGUUUUGGAGGCGGGAUGGACUUUGACUCAGACAAGGCAUACAGAGAUGUUGCUCACAUCAGUACCUGUGAUGACGGCUGCUUGGCUCUUGCUGACCUGUUGGGUUGGAAGGCAGAGCUGGAAGAACUUGUGAAGAAUGAGCACAUCAGGAUCGACAGUCAGGACCGGAAGGAGAAGGCUGGGGAAAGCAAAGGAGCCGCAGCCAAGGGGGACCCGGCUUCAGCUGAACCAAAACCCAAAGCAGAGGAGUGACCUGUCAGAGAGUGGUCUCCUUUAAUUAAAAAUACAUUGUCAUUGUUUAAAGCUUAACCAGAGGUUAAUAUACAAGGGUUUGUUGUUAAGGAAUGAAGCUGGGAUUUUUGUGAGUCUCUGAUCUGAGGACAGUUUAUUGCUGUAAUUAUGCUUUUGUUUAUUAGUCAUUUGCACUUUACUAACGUCACUGUUUUCCACAAGGAUUUAUUUGCCCCAGCUGUAGAUUCAAUUCAAUUCAAAGAUACUUUAUUGAUCCCCGAGGGGAAAUUAGAAUUCCAGUACAACCCAUCCAAACAGACAUCAUGACACAAGACAAGGGGGGGACGGGUCACCGAGGCUUUGCUGC